CCCCCCGACCCUGUGAUGUUUCCCCCUCAUUCGGCGGUGUCGCGGUCGCCGCACCGUGAGGAAGCGGCGGAAGUUGCUGCCGCCUCCCUUCUCCCUCCCCCCGUGUCGAAUCCCACAGCCCGCCGGUUAUCGGGACAGCCCUCCGCCACAUCGCCAUUAACUCCGGCGGAAAAGCCCCGCAGUGCUUCCGGCACUGUUCGGGGCGUGUCUCGCCGCGGCGCCACCCGCGUUCUAGGGUCCCCGGCGCUCCCAGGGUCCCCCGCGCCGCGGCCGGUAUCCGAGAGGAGCGCGGCGGCGGGCGCUGGCCUGUCUGGGGCCUCUCUUGCCCCGGGGCUGCGCCUGCCCGCGGCCGCCAUGGAACUGGAGGUGCCUGAGGAGGCGGAGGGUUCGGCCGCGGCGGGUGCCGGUGCCAUCACUCCGGAGGCCGGCGUAGGGGGACCGGACGCGUCAGGAGGUCUGGGCCCAAAGAAGACAGCCAUCACUGAGGGCCCAUCACUGCCAGGACAGCCAGGCCAAGGAAAGAAGAUUGGCCAUCGAAGCGUGGAUGCUUCUGGGGAAACCACCUACAAAAAGACCACCUCAUCCACUCUGAAGGGGGCCAUCCAGCUGGGGAUUGGAUAUACUGUGGGCAAUCUGAGCUCCAAGCCAGAGAGAGAUGUCCUGAUGCAGGACUUCUACGUGGUGGAGAGCAUUUUUUUCCCAAGCGAGGGCAGUAACCUCACCCCGGCUCACCACUACGCUGACUUCAGGUUCAAGACCUAUGCCCCAGUGGCUUUCCGGUACUUCCGAGAGCUCUUUGGGAUUCGUCCAGAUGAUUAUUUGUAUUCGUUAUGUAAUGAGCCUCUGAUCGAGCUGUCCAACCCUGGGGCCAGCGGCUCCCUCUUCUAUGUCACCAGCGAUGAUGAAUUCAUCAUAAAAACUGUGAUGCACAAGGAAGCUGAAUUCCUGCAGAAGCUCCUUCCUGGAUACUACAUGAACCUGAACCAGAACCCCCGGACACUGCUGCCCAAGUUUUAUGGACUGUACUGUGUGCAGUCCGGGGGCAAAAACAUCCGUGUGGUCGUAAUGAACAACAUCCUGCCUCGAGUGGUGAAAAUGCACCUGAAAUUUGACCUCAAAGGUUCAACCUACAAACGCCGGGCAUCCAAGAAGGAAAAAGAAAAGUCCAGCCCUACAUACAAGGAUCUGGACUUCAUCCAAGACAUGCCCGAGGGCCUGAUGUUGGAUGCAGACACCUUCAGUGCUUUAGUGAAGACAUUGCAGCGAGACUGUCUGGUAUUGGAAAGUUUUAAAAUCAUGGACUACAGCCUCCUGCUCGGGGUUCAUAACAUAGACCAGCACGAGCGGGAGCAGUUGGCGGAGGGAGCCCACAGCACGUCGGAUGAGAAGCGUCCCGUGGGGCAGAAGGCCCUGUACUCCACAGCCAUGGAGUCCAUCCAGGGAGGGGCUGCCCGGGGGGAGUCCAUAGACACAGACGACACGAUGGGAGGGAUCCCAGCAGUGAACGGCAAAGGAGAGCGUCUCCUGCUGCACGUAGGAAUCAUAGAUAUCCUGCAGUCAUACAGGUUCAUCAAGAAGCUAGAACACACCUGGAAGGCCCUUGUCCAUGAUGGGGACACGGUGUCCGUACACAGACCCAGCUUUUAUGCAGAGAGGUUCUUCAAAUUCAUGACCAACACGGUGUUUCGAAAGAAUUCCUCCCUGAAGUCAUCCCCCUCGAAGAAAGGGCGCAGUGCCUUGCUGGCCGUGAAGACGGUGGGUCCCACGGCAGCGUUCUCGGCCAGCCAGCUGGCCUCCGACAAGGAUGACACCCAGUACGAUCUGCGGGCGGCCAGGAGUUACCCCACGCUCGAUGAUGAAGGUGACAGCCCCACUCAGGGUGCUAAACCUAACCAGGACAGGGAAAAAGCAGGCAGGCCAGACCUGCUCCCUUGCACUCCUCCUUCCUUUGAAGAAGCUACCACAGCCUCCAUAGCCACGACACUAUCGUCAACGUCUCUCUCCGUUCCCGAGCGAUCCCCCUCAGAGACCUCUGAGCAGCCCAGGUACAGGAGGCGUACACACUCCUCAGGACAGGAUGGCAGGUCACACGAGGAGGUGCGGGUUGAGGAGGAGGUUCAGCAAAUCAGUGUCGAGCUGCAGCCCAAGUGUGAUGUUGAGAUUGUAGCUCCUGAAGAAGAAGAAGAAGUCAAAGAAGAGGCAGCUUCUUCAGCUUGUGCCAUUGUCACAUCCACAGCCACUGUAGAGGUGGAGACAGCCAGCCAGGCCUCAGAACCAGCCAGCCAGGCCUCGGAUGAAGAUGAUGUGCCAGUCACAGACAUAUACUUUGCUGCAUUAGGUGAUGCAGUGGGAGUCUAGUGCUGAGCCAGGGAGUAAGUUGGUGGUUGGCAGCAGAGUGCCGUGGAGCCUGGCGCUGGUCCUCACUCAGCUCCCACAAUGGCUGAGCAACUUCUGCAGACCAGAGAAGAGGUUUUUUAGCAACACCUACCUGUCCCAUGGAUUCCCAGAGCAGAGCUGAGUGCCUGUCCUGUGAGAGUUGAGCUCCCCCUCGUGCCUGGGCACUGGAACCCUCAUUAAAAGAGGUGCCCGGCUUCUCCCUGCUCCGACUUGUUGCUGUUGGUUCUGUGGUGCUGGAGAUGACCUGAGGCCAUGCCAUGGGGCCCUUCAGGCUAAACUAAAAUGCAGCAUUGGCCUUUCCCCGGCCUCUUGUGACUCUGCUGCAGAGCUGCUCACUCAUUGCUGAGUCACUCUGAGGCUUGUGGGAGCUGUGGAAGGAAUCAGCCCUGUUUUACAGCUUGUUUGGGGUUGGAUGCAUGCUGUUCAAAAUGCAAACGGCUCCUCUAACACCGCUGUCCUCUUCUUGUCUGUGGAUGGCAGCUGUGUGCAGGCAGAUCCCUGCCAAGUGUCUUCUAGUGAGGGUCAGCUGCUCUUCUCCCUGUCCCUGGGCAUAGGGACUCCCUCCAGCUUGAGGGGCACCUCUGUCCACAACAUAUCCAAAAUUCUUCAGUGUGUUCAUAGAAAGUGUGACUGCUCAUCAGCAUUUCAUACUUGAUCUGAGUUUUGCAUUAAAUGUGUGUCGUGUGCUGUGGAGUGUUUGUCACUGCUGGGAUGAAGGGAAAAGCUGAUUUGAGUUCCCAGGGGCACUCUCCUUGGAAAGCCACUUGAGCUGGAGCUCAGGUGAGACUGCACACGUGCACCCGAGCAGCACCACAGCCUCUCCUACAGGAGUGCUCAGGGGCAAUGGUGGGUGAAGGGAUGGUGUGUGCAGAGGAGGAUUUGGCCAGUCCAGGGGGCUGUGAUCUGAUCACUGAAGUGUGCUCGUGGAGAGCACUUCAUUCUCCUGUUCAUCCCCAGGGAAUAAAAGUGCAGAGUGUGGCAGGGCAUGGGCGCUGCUCUCCCCUGCACGGCUUUCCCACCUGCUCACCUGGCCAGGCCUGGAGUUGCCCAACCCCUUGUUUUUUGCUUUCUCUUUCAUCCUCUCUUUCACAUCACCCUUUUUCUCCUCUGUUUCCUUUCUCACCUCACUUGUCCUGGGGCUACCCAGUUCACAGAUGGGAGGUACUGGAUUUACUCUCCCCGCCAGCGCAGACUCCGAACUACCUCGCGUUCCUCUGGGAUUGUAAGUGACCACGCCAGCACAGCAUGUAGGGGAGCAGAGCUGCAGCUUUGAAACACUGGGGCCAGCACCCCAUUUCUCUAACAGCUGGGACUCUGGAUUGAGUGGCCAUUAGGAACCAGUCCAGUAGAAAUGGGGGAAUCAUAUUGAAAUGACACCAGAGGAUCUUCUUGUAGGAUUGAGAGAAUCAUGAGCUCUGUCCUCCUUUUCUGCAGACUGGUGACACAGGUCCUACCCUGGGAUGGACCAUAGUGUCACCCAGCCCUUGGGAAAAGUGAGAGCAGUGAGGCCCUGGCACAGGUUAACCAGAGAACCUGUGGUUGCCCUCUCCCUGGAAAUGUCCAAGGUCAGACUGGAUGGGCUUGAUGCAAUCUGGCAUAGAGGAAGGCAUCCCUACCCAUGGCAAGGGGGGAUACUGGGUGACCUUCCAACCCAAACUGUUCUGUGAUUCUAAGUUCCAGAUCUGGCCAGAGAGGCAGUGUGGCCUCUAUAGGUGAUGUCAGGCUCAGCUCCCUCAGCCCAGGAAGAGGGUUUUAAAGACACCAUUAAGAUGUUCUAAAGUUUCUAAAACUCCAGGUGCAAACAGAACUGUUUUGGCUUGUGGGGAGCAGCUUAUAAACCAAAUGAGGCAGGAGCUGGUGCUGAGUUAGGGCUAGUUUCAGCUCUCCAACUCUUCUCAGCAUCACCAGUGUGCUCCCUCCUCACUGAAGGUGUUCUUCGAGCAGGGAGGAUUUUCCUUUCCAAAAGAUGCAGGGAGGCAAUUGAGCUUUUAGGGGUUGAAUCUAGAGUUGAGAUAGUUCUGGGGUUUAGCAUUCACCUUCUCAGGCUUUGGGAGACCUGCUGCCCCCGGGAGUGGUGGCAGUGCUGCCAGAGCCUUGCUGGUGCAGCCUGGUGCACCCAUUGGGGUUACAGGCAGGGUGCAUGGGGAAGCAGGGGCAGGAAUGUGCCCCUGGCAGUGGCUGAUGGCAUGAGGAAGGUGCUGCACUUCUGUGGGCAAAUAGGCAACUCCUGCAGCUCCUCCUGCCCCUCAGCUGGGUUUGGCUGCUCCAGCACUGGGAGGGGUAAUGCCAAGCACUGGAUGCUCCUUUAUCUCCCGCAGCUCCCCUCACACAUCCAAGCUCCGAAAAGGCUCUGAAAGAGACUGGCUGGAGCAUGUGCUUCAGUCAGGAUGGAUGAACCAUUAUGGAUGAUAAAGAGGAUGUGGGACAAGCUUGAUGUGGUGGGGAACUUUCCUGUACCUCUGACAGAGCCCUUUGAGAAGCUCCAGACAGGGGUUUCUCAACCUUCCUUUCUCCCAGCAGUCUCUGCUAAUGGAGCUGCAUUUACUGAAGGGUUCAGCAUGUGGAGCCCAGUGCUUCAAAGCUUCUCUGGCUUCUUGUAGUUCCUUGUACAUUGUAGACUGUCAUGCUCAGUUCCUGGGCUGAGAACAUCACAGGCUUCUUCCAAGCACCCAGUUCUGCUUCUUUUCCUUUGCAAAUGCCAGGCUAGAUCAAAGGGGGUAGUUUCUGCUCUGUGGGAGCUCCCCUGGAGACAAAAGAGCCCAUUUGCAAUGUAAAUGCCCCACCACCACCCCGAACCCUGGAAGCAGAGACCAGCCCUUGAAUCUGUGCUGUGUCAGCAGAGUGUAUCUUCUCACACCAAUGCCCAAUGCUGUGAUAACUGUCCUCAAGGCACACCUUCUUCCCCUCAUUCUUUCCAGGAUCCAGUUGUGUUUUGCCUCCUGUGUUGUACUUGUUCCCAUCACCCCCCUGUCCCCAGAAUCUCAGCAAUAACUGUUUCCUUUCUGUGGCCACCAUCCACCAUGGUCUCACCCCAGUUCCGCUGCCUUCUGCAGAGAAGGAAGAAGACACAGCAAAUAAAUCCAGUUUCCCUGUAAAAGCCUUCCUGGACAUCAGUUUGUAGCAUGCACAGGGCUCUGGAAACGAGAGGGUAAGAGCUGGUAGCGAGUAGCAGGAACCCCGAGCUGUCACUGCUCUUAGGUAAGUCACUUCCCAAAUCUCUCAGUUUCUCUGGAGCUAGGUGAUGCCACGGCAGGGAGGUGAGGUUUCCCUGACAUCUCAAAAGCUCUAAAACUCUGUCCUUACAAGAGGAGAGGUUGUGCCACCCCCACUGCAUCUGGCACAGGUCUCAUGUCCAAUUGGCAGGGAGCAGGUAUGUGCUGAGGAUGAGGAGGGCUUCUCUGCUGAGAGCUGGCUCUAGGCUCAGUGCUCUCCCUCCCGGUGGACAGCGGUUCUUACUAUAUUGUUUCCUACUCUUUUUAUUUUCUCCUUUUAUUUUUUCCUCUUCUCUCCUUUGCUCCCUGCUCUGCUGCUGCUCUCCCUGCAUUCUCCCUGCCGUCUCUGGCCACUCUGGCAGCCGACAGACGAGAGGAGUUGGGUUUACUCCCCGCUCCACUAUAGCGCUCAGCUCCACUCUGUCUCCGAUGAGGAGAGCGAUACAGUAAGUGUCCAGCAGCCGUGUGCCGGGUGCCCGCUGGGUCGAGGUCGGAGUUUGUGCUCCCUCUGCAAGGUCAGCUUGGCCUCUGGCAGUAUGGGGCUCCUGCAUGGCUGCAGCAGAGCCCAGCUGCCUCUCAGGUCAGCCUUGUGCUGGCAGAGCCCUGGCCUGCUCAGCAAGGGCUGUGGCUUAUUCCCAGUUGUUUGGUGCAGGGAAAGCUUUGGGGAGCUCCCAUUUUCCAGACAUGUUGCCAUUUCUGGAGGAUGUAGAACAGCCUCCCUGGUUAUGCUGGGGAGUUGGCAGGACACAGACUUGACUGAUGUGGGCACCAGUGUUGAUCCUCUUUCCCAUCACAACCAGAAAGACAUUGAGAGGCUGAAGCAUGUCCAGAGAAGGGAGUGGAGCUGGGGAAGGGGCUGGAACACAAGUGUGAUGAGGAGCAGCUGGGGGGGCUCAGCCUGGAGAAAAGGAAGCUCAGAGGAGAGCUCACUCCCACAACUCCCUGACAGGAGGAUGCAGCCAGGUGGGGGUCGGGUUCUGCUUCCAGGGAACAAAGGACAGGACAAGAGGAAACAGCCUCAAGCUGUGCUAGGGGUGGUUUAGGUUGGGUAUUUGGCAAAAUUUCUUGACUGAAAGGGGGUUGUCAGGUAUUGGAACAGGCUGCCCAGGGCAGUGGUGGCAUGACUGUCCCUGGAAGUGUUCAAACGACGUGUGGCCUGUGGCACUUGAGGACAUGGGUUAGUGGUGAACACAGUGGUGGUGCUGGGCUGAUGGCUGAACUUGGUAUUCUUGGAGGUCUUUUCCCACCUUAAUGACUCCAUGAUUCUGUGACUCUCUUCUCUCUGCCUCUUGCAGUAAUCUCUAUGCAGACACAGAAGUCCCAGAGAGCAGUGAUUCCCUCUGCAGGUCGAUGUGUUCCCUUUUCGUUGAUGCAGCCAUUCCAGUGGGAUGGGGAAGAGCUUGCUGACACCAGUAUUGCUGCACUGCAGGAUCCCGGGCACUGCGUUUCAGAAUGAAGCAAAACUAUAACCAUGUAUUUCUACUUACCCCAGACGUGGGCAGCAAAGAAACCACCCGCUCACCCGCAGCCCCCAGCAGAGAACUCCAGCUGGGUGUAGAGAAUCCUGGGUAGUAACACAGUGUUUUCCAGACGUGCACUACCGCAGCUACCUAUCCAUGUGUGAUACUGUGAACCUUUUUAAUUUUUUAAUCAUGUAUUUAUUUCUUUUAUCUUUGCACAGAGACAGCACAAAUGUGCUUUUUAAAACAUUUAGUUUACUGCACCUUUUUUUUUUUCUUUUUUUUUUCUUUUUCUUUUGGUCAUAUAUUUGUGCAUCAGAAAGGAGCAUGAGACUUCACUGAAGAAUGGGUAGGAGCACAUUGCUGGGGAGGGCAGGGAGCAGAGUGGCUUCAUGUGAGGCAGCAGUGUGGUCUGAUCAACUGAGGGAGUCAGGAGAUUUAAGGCUGUCCAGACUCUGCCACGGUUUUUCCAAGUGGCCCAAGGUGAGUCACUAAACCACUCUGUGCCUCGGUUUCCCCCGUGCUAAUGGGUGCACAGUACCUGCUUCCGUUACAGCACUUAAACCCUGGGAUGAAAGGUGCUAUGAAAAUGAAAUGUAUUAAAGGCCAUGGAAUAGAAUUGCUCCCAUGUUACCAUAGUCCAAAGUAACCAUGCCAAUUCACUAGGAUCCAAACUCUCUAGUGACUUCUCCUGUCUGUAACACUGUGCGGGGCAGCACACAGUUCCUGGUGACAGUGACAUGGACUCCUCAGCUCUCCCCGAAGUCAUGAUGGGUUCCACCUUCACCCUGUGCUGCACUGCUGAGCCACCCCUCCCUCUGUGCUUGGAGUCCACACUUCAUCUGACCGGCCGCCGCUGCUCCAGACCCGCGGGCAUGGACACAUGGGAGGUCCCAACCCCGGCCACGUUGGAGGGCAAAUUCUCCACUCUGCCCAGCCCACGUGGGGCUUGUCCACACCCUGCAUCCUCCUGGAGCCACUCAGCCCUUCUCGUGCUCAUGGGUGUACCCUGGGGUCACGGACACUGGGUUCACACACCGCCUCUGCCCCUCAGGGCAGGCAGGGAGACAAGGGCACAUCCACACACUGGAGGCAGGAACGGGAGCCUGGCUCUGCCACGGAAUUGUGCCAGCCCUGCUGUGCUCAUGGACUCUUGGACAGAAAGCUGGGUGGCUGGGGUGUUGCCUGGGGUCACGACUGCUGGUGGAAAUCCCUUCUGCGGGUGUCUGAGAGGGUUUGCUUUGCGAAGGCUACGGGCUAUAGGUGAGAGAAUUUUAUGUCGCGGGGUAGUGUUCAGGCUCAUCCAUCAGCAGGAUACAUAGCAUAGUCUGGAAUCCAGCAAUCCCAUCCUCAUCUCCCAGAGAGAAAACAGGAAAUCCUUUAGACCAGACGGAGACAGGUCUUGUUCGUGUGCUUUAUGAACCUCGCUUGAGAAAGAGGGUUCAAAUGUCUUUAUUCCCUUUACAAUCUUCACUGUCCUUGGGAUUCCAUGUAGCGGGGUGGGGAAGCGGGACCCUGCUCUCUCAGGCCUCAGUCCCCACAAUCUGUCUUCACAGUAGCACUCAGGAGCAGUUAUGUUGGGCCCCAGAAGGUAGCUGGCCUGAUGGGAAGCUCUUCCUUCUGUAUUGUACUGAACGUAGUGAGAAUCUUCAGGAAUUGAUGGUUUUUUCUUGCACAGAAUACAGGACCUGGACUUCCCUUCCCUGCCUGUAGAUGCAGAAGGCUGUGAGUUGUGCUUCUUGGGAGCACAGUCUGGGGAUUGUGCAAGUUGCUGCUGUUCAUGUAUCCAUGUAUUUACCAAACAGUCUAUCAAAAGUCUCUCAAGAACUGUCCUCUUUCUGUUGCUGCUUGGCAGCUCAUUCUCCCAGCUGCAGCUCCUGCCCCAUGUGCCACCUGCGGGGCGCUGCAAGCUGGGGGAGCUCAGGGGUUGAUGGAGGGGAAUGGGAGCUGUGCAAUACCUACAGCUUCACCUGUGUUUGGGCUCAAGGCAAGGGGCUUCAAAAAGCUAAAAAUUCAACCUCCUUUUCUUCCAGCAGUGUGUAUAGAACAGCCAGAGGGAGACACAUCCCUGUUGCAGCUGCUGGGUGCUGUGCUGGAGGAGGGGGGGUCUGUAGGGGAACUGGGGUGGGCUCGAGCUGUUCUGGCCCAAGGCCCUGCCCUGGGGCCACCUCAGUCAGGGGCUGGAGGGUUUGGCUUUAUAGGGACUUUGCAGCCACCUGAAAUCAAGCAUCUUUUUUGAGAUGGUUUAAGCAUCAUUGAUGGAGAUUUUAUUCCUUCCCCUCAUUUCUAGGGGGUCCCUAAAUUUGCUUGGCCUCUGUGCAGGGAGUGUCCCAGAGAAUGAGCCUUGUGAGCUGGAGCUGGGCAUGGGUCCUGAGGGGGUGAACCCAGAGCUCCUGCAGCAUGUUCAAAGAAUUGUCUUCCCUUUUUGAGAUGAUCCUUGUGCAGUUCUGUAAUGCUGGACCAUUUGGAGCACGUCUGGAUGGGGUGGGGUGGUCCUGUAAGAGGACAGGCAAAGGCUUAGAACAGCUUUGUCAAAGGGACAAGGAGGAACCUUCCUGUAGGCAGAUGUUGAUCUGAAAUGGAAAUGGCCCCUGUUCAGGCUGGCACAGUCCCUGCUGUGUCACCUCCUGUCCCAGCAGCUCAGUGCUGGGGAACUGUUCAGCCUUUGCUUCCCACGGAGGCUGAAAGGACCUUGGAUUUUUAGAGCUCAUUCUUGGCCACCUCUGCAUGGAACUGCAGGGGAGCAGCAGAAGCUCUGGAGCAUGUCAGAGGCACUGCCAGUGCUGCCUGGGCAGGAACAGCACUUACCCAUGAAAAAGAGCAGCCUUGGUCUGAGUGUUCCUCCAUCUGCACUUCAGCUCUUUCUGGAACCUGAGUUGCUGUUCUCUGCCAGGCUCUUGAAAAUGAGCCAGCAGGUGCUGUCCGGGCUCUCCAUUAUCAAAGGAGGCACCAUGAGUCUUGUAUCUGAGAUCUGACCCUGCAGGACAGCCCCUUCCCACAUAGGUCUGUGUGCCACUGCUGUCCUUCAUCCCCAUCGUCCCAGCCGGGAUCUCAGACUCUGCGGGACAUACCCUGACCAUUGCCUGGUGCUGGGGCUGCAGGUGAGUGCUCCCUGCCAGGUAAGGGGCUGGCAGGAGAAAAGGGGCAUCUCUGUCCCUGAGUUUGCAGUCUGGCUCCUGUAAAGGCUCUGGGGCAAACCCAGGAGCUCAUAGAGAGACCCUCAACGCGCAGAGGGGAUGCAGCUUUUGCCUGCCACCGCCUCUCUGGCCACGUGUGCCGAAAUUGCACUCUGGGGAGUUCUUUAGUGAAGCCAGAGCACUCACAGGCCUUGAUCCAAGGCAGGCAGAGGUGUUUGCAGGGCUCCACAUCGCCCACCGCAUUCCCCCUCUCGUUCCCAGCCACUGCUCCAGUGCUUCCCGAAUGGACAGGGAGAAAGCCAAGGCUGAGGCACCUUGGGUCAUGACUGAGGGUUUUUCUGUCCAUGUCUACAUGCGCCAGGUCUGUCCUGGUGGCUGGCCUUGUCCCCACGCGUGUCCCGGGGGAUGUCCCCGUGGACGUCUCUGUUCCCACACAUGCACCGUGUGCUCAAUGUACGGCAGAGGGGCCGCGGACGCUGCGACCGGACGGGCAGGCCGGUGUUGGGGUGUUAUCCCGUCUCUGUUCCGGGGACUCGAGGCCUGGGCGCUUUUUUUCUUUUCUCGGUUGUUUUGAGGGGUUUUCCCCGCCUUCUCCGGGGAGCCCCUUUCCAGAGAUGUGUACCCCGCUCUGAUAAAGCGUUCUGCAGUCUGUUCUGUG